GUCCAGGAGAGAAACCCAGACCUCCCUCUCCCCAGCGACACUUUCCAGCUCAUCCUGGGGGACCCCGAGGCGUUCCCAGACCAGUGAGGAUACACAAUCCCCUUCUCCAUGAGCACGUUUCUACUCUAUUCAGGUUGUUACAGUAUGAAACGUCUCAGGUCGUCCAGCAGCAGUGACAGUUCCGACAAUGAGAGUCCUUCGACCUCCUUCUGCUCCUCUAACAAAUAUGGCAGCAAACCUGGAACCCCCGCCUCCAACCCAAAGAAACCAGCAGAAGUGUUCAGAAAAGACCUGAUAAGUGCCAUGAAGAUACCUGAUUCCCACCACGUGUCUCCAGAGGACUACUAUCUGCUGGCAGACACCUGGAGGCAGGAGUGGGAGAAGGGAGUCCAGGUGCCAGCGAGUCCAGACACCAUCCCAGAGCCGUCUGUCAGAGUUAUUGCUGAGAAGCCCAAAGAAACUCUUUACACCCACCAGAGGAAGUACGUUCAGUGUUCAAGCCAGGAAUCGACAGAACCAGGAUAUGUCAACAUCAAAGAGCUGGCAGAGGCCAUGUGUCGCUACGAUCUGGACGAUAUGGAUCUGUACUGGCUGCAGACGCUCAACCAGGAGCUGAGCAGGAUGGGAGAGGCGCCUGUAGAUGAGCUGACGAUGGAGCGAGCCAUGGAGGCCCUGGAGAGGCAGUGCCACGACAACAUGAAGCAUGCCAUCGAGACCGUGGAAGGCCUGGGCAUCGAAUACGACGAGGACGUCAUCUGUGACGUGUGCCGUUCCCCGGACAGCGAAGAGGGAAAUGACAUGGUGUUCUGUGACAAGUGCAACAUCUGCGUCCAUCAGGCUUGCUACGGCAUCGUCAAAGUGCCUAUUGGGAACUGGCUCUGUAGGACGUGUGUCCUCAGCCUCGACCCACAGUGUCUUCUGUGUCCAAAGAAGGGCGGAGCUAUGAAGGCAACGCGUGCCGGAACCAAGUGGGCUCACGUAAGCUGCGCCCUGUGGAUCCCAGAGGUGAGCAUCGCUUGUCCUGAGCGAAUGGAGCCCAUCACAAAGGUCUCCCACAUCCCCCCCAGUCGCUGGUCUCUCAUCUGCAGUCUGUGUAAACUGAAGACAGGUGCAUGUAUCCAGUGUUCAGUGAAGAACUGCACCAUUCCUUUCCAUGUGACCUGUGCCUUUGAGCACAGCCUGGAGAUGAAGACCAUCCUGGACGAGGGUGACGAAGUCAAGUUCAAGUCUUACUGCCUCAAGCACAGCAAGCCCAAAUCAGGGGAGGCGGGCCUGAGCCCGGCUCGCUCCAAACCCACCGGAGAGGCGGGGAAGGUGGGCCWGAGGGCGCAGAGACUCCAGGAGCUGGAGGAGGAGUUCUACACUCUGAUCCACCUGGGGCAGCUGGCGAGGGACCUGGGGCUCUCGGAGCACCUGGUGGACUUCAUGUAUCAGUACUGGAAGCUGAAGAGGAAGUCCAGCUUUAACAAAGCUCUGCUGCCCCCUAAAGAGGAGGAGGAGAACCUGGUGCUGCAGCCUCAGGAGGACAGCGUUCACACACGCAUGAGGAUGUUCAUGCACCUGAGACAGGACCUAGAGCGGGUCUUCCCGCCUCCUUCCCGGUGGAGAACACGCUGUUCCACCCACCUCCAAGGAUCACGUUAAAACUGAAGAUGCCCAAAGCCCUGAGUCUGGGAAACGGGAAUUCGUCUUCCACGCCUGUGGGUGGUCUGCUSUGCCCUGACGGCAGCCGUAACGUCUCUGAACUCGCCGCCGAGGGGCUGGGCCUCGGCAAGCCWCAGCUGCACGCUCGCGGCAGCAAAGAGGAGCGCUCCAACGGCCGCCUGUCGUCCUCGGGCCACCCGAGCGCCACGCCGCAGAGUGGCAAACCCACUGGCAAACAUUUUGUUUUGCAAGCCGCCCCCCACGGUCAUCCCUCCAACAGUAAUGGCAAACUGGACCAGGACCGAACACGGGCGCCCAAACCUAACGGCGUGCUGGAGAAGGCUCAGAAGGACGGUUCGUGCCAAACGCCCAAUAACCGAGAUGCUUCAAAGCGGGAUUUGGAUAAACACAAUUUGCGGAAGUCCGCCAUGGAGCACUUCGGCAAAUCCUUCAAAGAGGCYACUAUUAACUUGGUACGGACAACAGAGGACCUGCGGGUCUCUGAAAAACUGUCCAGAAAGAGCCCGGCUAAGGAGAGACUGUGGGCCACACCCGCGUCGGAGCAUAAAGUGAAAAACAGACGGUCUUAUCAGGACAGCGACGGCUACUGCCCCGAUCUGGAGCUGAGCGACUCCGAGCCAGAGGCCAAAGGUCGGCACCGGCAGAAGGCUGGGCUCCUACAGGACAGAAGGGGGAAGCAGUCCCUGGGGUCCAGAACCAGCGCACACAGGUGACGGCUGCCGCUGUACCCCACCUGCUGCUGCAGGUCUUCUUAAGAGGAUCUGGACCUCGUGGCUCAUCUCCUUCAAGACCUUUCUGUCAGGAACCGCAUCACCACACUGAUGGUGUCGCACAAACAAGAUCAUUUCAWACGUUGGCUCCAAAGUUUAGAUGUUUCCACGUUUUUAGUUAAAACUGCUGAAAAUCCAGUUUUCAGAUCUGCUGAUGAGUAACAUGUAACUGAAGCAAAAAGAAGUUCCAGUUCUUUUGUUGUUUUAUUGUUUUCUACAGUACGUCCAGGAAUUUCAACUGUUUUCUGACAGAAAAUAUUAAGAAAUUCCGAACAUCUUUGAUUUGUCCAGUAGAGGGAGUAGUUUCUUUUUAAACACCCAUUAUGAGUCACACUCUUUAGUUCUGCUGGUUUCUGUGGUCCUGCUGGGGGAAUGACUAAAUAAACACUACGUUUGUCUCAAAAUGUGACAAAGUAUUUUUACAUUCCAAAAAUGUGUCCUUGAACAGCUUCAAAAAGGAGACGUAAAGAAACACGGUGAGAGCGGGGCUGUGGUGACGUUGCCUUUAAUUCUUGUCUUAAAACAUCACAUGAAAACCUUUUUUCUUUUCUUUCCUUUUUUUUUUAAUCAGACUUUACAUUGUGAGAACUAGCUGUGAAACAUGUAUCUUUACAGUCUUUGCUGUUUCUUUUGUUCUUGUUUAAUAAACAACCUGGUAUGACUGGUUCCUGAGAGCUCA